UCUUAUAAAUAAACCACGCUUUAAUAAAACUGAAAAACCACUUCUCUCUCUCUCUCUCUCUCUGUGGCUUUUGCUGAAGUUCAAAGCUUUUCUUGUUGUUGUUGUUGUUUGUUUCCUUAUGUGAAGAAGUGGGUUUGUUUUAUUUUUUAGUUUGGUAUUGAUCUUGGAAGGAAGUUUUAUGCUUUUAGUUUGAAAGUUGAAGCUUUUGAGAGUGAAAAUGGAGAGAGAUUUCAUGGGUUUGAACUCGAAAGAACCAUUAGCUAUGGUGAAGGAAGAGGUUAACAAUGAUGGGAUAAGAGAAAUAGGAUUUGCUAAAGGUUCAGGUAUACAGUGGUCCUUCUCUAACAAGGCAUCUGCACUUCCUCACUUCAUGUCCUUUAAGGUUGUUCAAGAUGAUAAGGCUAAAAAGGUUGUUUCUGAUCCUUUGAUGCCAACUGGUUUCAUGCCUAUCUCAGCUGCAGAUGCAUAUGAUCCAAGUCAAAAACGUUCAACAGCAGAAAUUCAGAAAUCGUUCAAUCACGAUAGGCAAGGUGCGACUCAUAUUUCCCUGACAUCUUAUUCUGUGCAAAAUGAUGUGCCUUCUCUGCAUCGUCCUCACGAUGUGAAGACUUUUCCAGUCUCAAACCAGGGAAUUUCAGUUUCUGUGAACAAUCCUUUCUUCAAGAAUCAUUUCGGUACCAAUGGUCAGAGUUUGGUUGGUGCUAACACAAAGCCACAAGUACUUGGAGGGAUUCCUAUUGCAACCUCACAUUCAAUUCUUCCCACCGCCGGUUCUGUUGGGUUCACUGAGCCAUGGAAUGGUGUUAAAACCGAUGGGGCUCCUGCUCAAAUGACAAUCUUUUAUGCCGGUUCAGUGUGUGUCUAUGAUGAUAUCACCCCUGAUAAGGCUCAGGCUAUUAUGUUAUUGGCCGGUAAUGGAACUUCAGUGGCCCCAACUGUACCACAGCCAAAAGUUCAAGCUCAGGCACCCAGCUCAAAACCAGCAGCAGUUGAUGCUGUUAUUGUGAACCAUACCAUAAACACCCCACCGGGAUCUGGUCUCUCGAGCCCUCUAUCUGUUUCUUCACAUACUGGUGCUCAGUCGGGAAGUGGGUCUAACAAUACAGAAGAGCCGAUGGCUACUAAAACUACAGGGGUUGCAACCACUCCUAUUUGCAAAUUGGAGCUCUCAAAUGGGGUGAAUGGGAUGGGAUCUGUUGCUUCAACAAGUGUGAUACCUUCUGGACAUUCAAACUUUUAUGCUGCCAUUCCACAGGCUCGGAAAGCAUCCUUGGCUCUAUUCUUGGAGAAGCGCAAACAAAGGUCAAUGAAUGUGGCACCAUACACCACCCAUAAAAAAAUCCCAGAAGGCUCCACCCAAUAGAGUAGAGGCAUUAACUUCUUAAUAGCUUCUCUCUCAACAAGCAAGGAAGCUAACCGUGAUGUAAUGGCACCAAUUUAGAAGGGUAAUUUGCAAGUUUAUGUAGUAUGUUAAAAUAUGCUUAAGCGACUUUUGUUUUUCUUAAAAGAAAAGUGUAAUCCUGACUUGGUAUUAUUUUAGUCUUAAGUAAGUUUCUAGUAUGGGGUUUUCCCCUAUUGUCAUUUUUCUUUUGAUGUGGAAAAACUUUUGCUUCCACAUUAUGACUUUUGAUUACACUUUGUAACCAUUUAAUCAUUGUUACAUUGUGGAAAUUAUAUAUAGUUAAAAUAUAUUUGUA